AAAUGGAACAUUCUAAUUUACUGUCCCAAAAUGCAACAUUCCAACAUGGUGUCGGAGGCAUAUUGACAAUUUUAUUUACGGACAUUUUAGAGGUUUAUACCAUAACAUGAACGUUUCAACCGGCAACUAUGUAAUCUGAUCCAUGAAGGACGUCGGGGACAUUCCACUGAAGUGAAGUCCUGCAGGAUUUCUCCCCAGGAAUUACGGAGGUGGCGCAAUGCAGCCGGCGGCUCGGAAGAUGAACCACCGCUAUCGGAAGAAAGAAGAUGACAUAGAGAAGUGCGACCUUGGCGCACUGAUGCAAAACAUUCGGCGGUUGCAGCAGUUCGCCGAACCCGUUAGAUGGUGCUGGGAAGUCGGAGCGUCUAUAGCAAGAUGGAAGAGACCAUGGCUGUCUGUCGGCUGCUGGUUGGCCAGUGUAGUCUUCUGUUACCUAGCAACAUCAGACACACUGUUUCUGUUAGCGCUGCUUGUUCUGUGUGGGGUGUCAGGUCUGGGCAUGCUGCAGGGUUCCGCUCGCAGGGUCCGCUCCAAGCUGAAGCCAGGGGUGGGCGUGUCCAGCGAGGAGGGGGGGCAGGGCCAGGGGACAGACGUUCUACAGAUCCACAACACCAUAGCAGAGUUCAAACAGUUUAUCUCCCACCUGCAACAGUGGACUACGCAGGUCAGAGGUCACCUGGAUGACCUACAGGCCAUCUUGGUGUGGGAGGAUGCUGGGACGUCUAUCAAAAUAUUCUGCAUAUCUUUAGGAACUGUUCUAGGAGUCUUUUUAUUACCAGUGAGAUGGUCUGUGAUAGUAGGUGUAAGCUGUGUGUUUAUAGGAAAUGAAGAAUUUUACAAAGUUGCUGUGCAAUAUAUAGAGGUACUUAAGAGUAGCAGUAAGGAACCCGUUACAGAGGAGCUGGUUAGACAAGAGUCGGCCCCAAAGCUGGAGGAUGGAUACCUGAACCAUCAGGAUGUUCCUCCUGAAAGAAACCAGGCAGAUGCACAGUCCAUGUGGGACUUUGUGGUGUUACAGAGCUCCCUGUCUGAGAGCAGUGAUAGUGAGGGGGAGGAGCCAGAGAUACUGGACGGAGGAGACUUCCAGGAUGUCAUCCAUCGGGCACAUCUACCCGCUCCUGACAAAUGUGUCUUCUAUGAUGCUGAGUCAGAGGAGGACACAGGCUCAGAUGAGAACCUGGAGAGAAAAGAGCGCAUCUCCAGAACAGGGCAGCUGAAGACUCGAGUCGUGUCCAAACUGGCAGAGUUCAGGAAUAGGAACAAAGCCCUUCCAACAAACUGCACCUUGUGUAAUGCUGUGUUCCAUUCGGUCCUCAAGAGAAGGAGAUACUGUCGUCACUGUGGCAACCACUUCUGCUCUCGCUGCUGCCACGAGAAGGUUCCUCGCUCAGUGUUUGGUGCAACAGCUCCUGCAGCAAGCAGAGAAACUGUGGUCGUGUGUAACAUCUGCUACAACGUGCUGAAGAAAGUCAGCCAGGAAGACUCCAUCCAACUGUCUGAGGCACAAGUGCUCUAGUACUGGUACUACCACAUUAUCACACACUUACAUUUUCGGGCGAUCUUCAGUCUUCAGAACUAUUAUAAUAAUAAUAAGUCGGUGAAUACGUGUACAGUAGCUUCAUCAUCAGGUUGGGAGGACAUUUUCAUGAUUGCUUUAUGACUUUCAGCCAUAGCUAGUGGCAGGUUGAAGUUCUUAAAACAUCCCCAAGAUGUGUCCAAGCAACUACCUGUACGUGUAGUCUAGUGACUACCAUGACAUGAAACUUAAAAGCCUGUGGACCUGUGCAUCUCCAUGACAGUGAUAAAAAAUGUGUGUGCAAAGCUGCCAUCUACUUAAUACUAGUAAAAAUGUUCUAAAUCUUUCAUCUGGAAUUUCCUAAGAUUUUAGUAUGAUCAUGUAUAUGCCUGGUCUUAAAGCCCCUCAAUUUUUUUUACCAUUUUAAUGUUUGACAAUUUGUACAUUAUUUAUCAUAAAGUAUUUACGCAAUAUGUAUUGAUUUAAGGUGUAAAAUGGCUUGAAUUGAAUCUCAUCAUUAUAUUAAGUGAACUCUGAGGUAGAGUGCAGAUAUGCCAAAUAGGAA